GAAAAAUAACGCUGGAGUUCCGUUUUUCUUCACAAAUCGCAACCAAAUCAUAUCUCUAUUUCCAUGGACGAUCUGCCUCCACAUUUGCUCCUCGAGAUACUAAGUCGACUCACCGAUUCAACCGAUCUCGCUCGGUGCCGACUCCUCUCCAAAAACUUUAACGCUGUCGCGCGCGAGGUGCGGUCUAUUAACCUUUUAUGCACCUUGUCCAGAUAUCUCAAAUUGAGGUCAUCUGAGACCAAAGAUAUACCCACGCCUUUCAAGACUAUCUUUAGCAACUUGAUUCGCAAUUCCUUAGCCCUCGAGUCCAUCUCGAUCGGCGUUGACAAGUCGCUUGGUGGAAUAUCGUACGACGACGUCGAGGAUGAGUCUGACGAUUUGUAUUUGACAGACGUGCAGUUCGUGAAGGAGUGGUUGCCUAGGGUUUGUAAGGAGCUGAAGUCACUGUCCAUUUCUGAUUUCUGGAUUCAAUCUUGUUGGAGGCGAUCUGAAAUUUUAGCGCUUGUUUCUUCUUUCUGCCAUGUCCUUUGUGAACUUGAGGUGAAGAAUGCUUGGCUAUCAGUAGAUGGUUUGAAACCAUUGCCUAUGCUUACAAGUUUAACACUCGAGUCAAUAAGACUAGAUGAUGAAGAUUUAAGCAAAGUUAAUCAUUGCUUUCCUUGUCUACGAAUUCUAAAUUUGAUAGGAGUAGGAGGACUUAAAGAUCCAAAAAUCCAUCUCUUUCACCUUAUAACAUGUCGAUGGACAGUGUCAAAUGCUCCGCUUUCUCUGACUGUUAUUGCGCCCAGCCUUGUGAAACUUGAGCUAAAUUGUAUUGAACCAAGAUCGCUUGUCCUUCAAACACCAUUAUUGUCUGACUUCAAUCUUUCACUACGGAAAGCUAAAAAUUUUGAAAUAAAAGAGUUCCCUCAUUUGAAAAGUUUACAACUUGAAUCUGCAGACCUUUGUAACCUCAUAAGUUCAUUUCCUUCUGAUAAUUCAAUUAGGAGGCUUACAGUUGAUUCACUGAAACGUGUUGGACCUGCUGAUACGACUAUUCUUAGCCUGGAGAUGUUGUUCAAUGUGUUCUCAAAUGUGAGCUCACUUACUUUGCAGUCUCGGGCUUGGUCUGAAAUGGAGGCAUCCUUCCUAGCUGAUGGUUUGCAAAGUCAGAAGGGAAUGCAACGGCUGCAAGAAAUUAUUGCACAGUUAGUGAUACAUGAUAUUGACGUUACUUCGUUGUUUAUUUUCGCUAUCUUGGAUAACUGCAGCAACUUGUCAGAUGUUACACUGCUCAUUCACAGCAAAGUUGAUCCUAAUGUUGCUAGCAACCUCAUCUCCCAGUGUACAGCCUAUCAUCCAAAAGUUAGAUGGAGAUGGGGAAUUUGGAAGGAAGGUUCAAUAGAUGCUUGGAUAUCUGAUGCAUUUAAUUUAUUAACCCUAUUAGCGGAAGAGAAUUAGUGUAGUCCAUUGGAACUUAUAUUCAGCAAAAUGUUGUGCUCCGUAGAAAUUGGCAUAGAAGUCUUGGACAGCAAACAUUUUAUGCCAGGGAAAAUAUUUUAGAUGCAUAUAGAUAUUUUAUGGAAGUGUCUCAAAUUACAAGCUAAUGGAGUUGAUAUAUAGUUUUCUGGAAGCUUAGAUUUCUACAUACUCUUGCUAUGUAUUAUAGAGUUAUCUGAAUAUGGCUGACUGCUCAAUUUCAAAAGAGAAACGGAUAGAAGAAUUCCCUGAUGGGUGUUCCUUGUAUAGUUGUGUUCUUGUACAUGUAAUUGGAAAAUGUUGUAUUAUCUAGAGAAUUUCAGCAAUAGAUUGUACAUGUUAAACUGUAAAUUGUGAUACUUGUGCUGAAUGUGGUGGUUUUUUUUAUUAUUA